CUCCGCCGUGUGGGCUCCGCCGGUGACCAGAGUGAGUAGCGCUGGGCUGAGCUAGCGAGUAGGAGAGGUGGGUACGCAGCGCGCCGAGGCAGUUCGUUGCGUGGCCGGAGCCUAGAGACAGGUACGCAAGCACGCAGCAUUCGCUCCAGUUUGGGUCGGGAUCUUUGACCCCGUCAGCCGCUGUCAUUUUGAAGGUGCAGCGCAGGUGCAACGAUGGUCGCCAAGCUAGGACUCUGUUUCCUCUUCCUCGUGGCCGUGUGCGUCGUGUGCCCGCCCAGCGUCCAGGGCGCCGGCGGCGUCGACUCCAAGCGAUGCGCGGACAACAGCCGGAGUUGUAGCAGUUCGGAUGAGUGCUGUUCCGGUUGCUGCACUCUCGGAACCUGCAACCCGCUGGAUCGCUGCAGCGCGCAGAGCCAGGGCGCGUGCGCCGUGCACUACUGCCCGCCCGACAAGGAGUGCUACCUGCAGGUGGUGCAGUGCGUCACGGCGCCCUGCCCGCCGCUGCCGGCCUGCCGGCCCAAGAACAGCAACGACUACGACAACUACGACUGAGUCAACGCGCCGCGCACGCCACCCAUAGUGUGUUGCAGUAUUACUAACAAUGAAACCAGUUGCAACUAACAUGAUACUGUGUUUCCCAGCCAGAAGCGUUGCAUCCAUAUGACGUUGAAGGUCUAAAUAAGGUCUACAUUAAAGACUACAUAGACGUCUAAAUGCGGACUGUAUAGACUUCUGCGUCCAAGGCUUUCAGACUGGGCUCGCUUAGCCCCUUACCGAUCCCGGUCAGAGAACUGAAAUUACAAGGCAAAAUUAUUCCAUGUACCUGAGUAGUUUGUUAAAGAAAUAGAAAAA